UAGGUAUUGUAUUGAAUCCAAACUUAACAUUCUAUUCUCCUCUCCGCGUGAUGCAGGAGGACACCAACUACUUGCCAACUGCUUAUUAACUGGUUGCUGCUAUGGACUCAACCGAGCUUGCCGAUCCUAAUGAGUUCCUUAUCUCAAGUUCAGCUACUUCAGUAGAGGAACCAAGUCAGCAAGAUAACUGCUUAGCAACUGCUUCUACUCCAAUAGUUAUAGAAGCAGGUGAGGAGAGUGAAGCUACGCAGCAGGAGGAGACUCCGACAAUACUACCUGUCCCCCUUACCCAGGCCAAAAGCAACAACUCCCUUACUUCGCUUCAUAUUGAGUAUAUACAGGAUCUCCCUGAGUACCCAGUAUCUCAUAUAUAUGGAUACACUUAUGUAGUAGCAGUUGGGGAUCGCUCACAGGAAGAGAUGGAGAAACUAGUCCAUGUCUAGGAACGGACUAGAGUAGGCACGGACUGAGGGGUAGGCACGGACCAGCCAGUAGGAAUGGGUUCUGGGCGGAAUCACCAAAAGGGUUCGCACAUCUCAAUGGACAUAUAAGACUGACUAUUCACGGAAUAAAACUCACUGAGCAAGCAUGGAAUUUGCUAGCAACCCACUUGGCCAAAGGGCCAAUCUAUUAGCACAAGAAAGACUACAAUUUUAUUGUGGAC